UGCUGCCCAUCACGUGGCCCCAGAGGAAAAAGGGGUGAUUUUUGGUGUAAAUCUAGACUGUAAUUCUAUAAUAUAUCAUUGGACCUCGUAAAACCGACACUAAAACUUCUUGGCAUAUAAAUCACUUCUCAAAUUAUGAGUUCAUUGUAUUAUGCGAACGCGUUGUUUUCCAAAUACCAAGUGGCCAGUUCAGCCUUCUCUACAGGCGUGUUUCCCGAGCAAACUUCUUGCGCCUUUUCGUGCAGCUCGCAGCGGGCCAGCGGCUACGGCUCGGCUUCUAGUGGUGCACCGGUCUGCUCUACAUCUUCUGUCUCCCUGUCGAGCAUGUACACUAACGGUGCUAGUCUUUCCAGCCAGACUCAAGGCAUGUACCCUACUGCGUAUGAACUGGGAGCUGUUUCGUUGAACAUGCACAGCUCUCUGUUUGACCAUCCGAAUCUACCCAUGGUGAGCGCUGGCGAUCUCUGUAAAGCGCAAAGCAGUGAUAAAGAAGAGCAGAGGGGCUACCAUCAAAACAACGAAAACAACCUCCGAAUCUAUCCGUGGAUGAGGAGCACAGGUGCGGACCGGAAAAGAGGCCGUCAGACAUAUUCCCGCUAUCAAACAUUAGAGUUGGAGAAAGAGUUUCACUUCAACCGUUACCUUUCACGACGGCGGCGUAUUGAGAUUGCACACGCCCUGUGCUUGACCGAACGCCAGAUAAAAAUCUGGUUUCAAAACAGAAGGAUGAAAUGGAAGAAAGAGAACAAAUCAAUGGGCCGCUGCUCUCCUGCUGCUGACCAAAUCGGGGGCGACGAGGAAGAGGAAGAUGAUGAGUAGCCACGCAAGUGGAAGACAUAAAAAUAGAUUAUACUAUAGACUAUACUAUCGAUUCAACCUGCUUUAUUUCAGGAUACACUGAGUUGG